CGCUGGGAGCCGCAGCGUAGAGUCUCACAGUUGCUGGUUGGAGGGGGAGUGAGACGGGGAGUUUUCUCUUUAAAGUGAAAUUGUCCUGGAGAGGAAAAAAAAACCCGUUUGGAAUUUCUUCGUAGGAAAUAGAAGCAAGCGAAAUUUUAGCGUUUUGAGCUAUCGCUAGCGGCUUUUCUUUUCCCGACUUGUUGGAUAGUGGGUUGAAGUUUUUCAACAUGCCAGUGUUCCACACGAAGACGAUAGAGAGUAUCCUGGAGCCCGUGGCUCAGCAGAUAUCCCACUUGGUGAUCAUGCAUGAGGAAGGGGAGGUGGACGGCAAGGCGAUCCCCGACCUGACCGGACCCGUGGCCGCCGUGCAGGCGGCUGUGAGCAACCUCGUCAGGGUGGGGAAGGAGACUGUUCAGACCACGGAGGACCAGAUCAUGAAGAGAGACAUGUCCCCGGCCUUCAUUAAGGUGGAGAACGCCUGCACUAAGCUGGUUCAGGCGGCCCAGAUGCUAAGGGGGGACCCCUACUCCGUCCCGGCACGCGACUAUCUCAUUGACGGAUCUCGGGGGAUCCUGUCUGGCACCUCGGAUUUGCUUCUGACCUUCGACGAGGCGGAGGUUCGGAAAAUAAUCCGUGUGUGCAAAGGGAUCCUGGAGUACCUGACCGUGGCAGAAGUGGUGGAGACUAUGGAGGAUUUAGUCACGUAUACGAAAAAUCUGGGACCAGGCAUGACGAAGAUGGCCAAGAUGAUUGACGAGAGGCAGCAGGAGCUGACGCACCAGGAGCACAGGGUGAUGCUGGUGAACUCCAUGAACACCGUGAAGGAGCUGCUGCCUGUGCUCAUAUCAGGUAUCAAGAUCUACGUGACGACAAAGAGCUCCCAGAGCCACGGCGUGGAGGAGGCCCUGAAGAACCGCAACUUCACCAUGGAGAAGAUGAGCGCCGAGAUCAACGAGAUCAUCCGCGUGCUGCAGCUCACCUCCUGGGACGAGGACGCCUGGGCCAGCAAGGACACUGAGGCCAUGAAGAGAGCCUUGGCGCUCAUUGACUCCAAGAUGGCUCAAGCCAAGGGAUGGCUGAGAGACCCUAACGCACAACCAGGGGACACUGGCGAGCAGGCGGUGAGGCAGAUCCUGGACGAGGCCGGUAAGGUUGGAGAGCUGUGCGCCGGCAAGGAGAGGAGAGACAUCCUGGGCACGGCCAAAACUCUGGGGCAGAUGACCGACCAAGUGUCAGACCUGCGAGCCAGGGGGCAGGGUGCCGCGCCUGUGGCCAUGCAGAAGGCCCAGCAGGUGUCUCAGGGCCUGGACAUGCUCACAGCGAAGGUUGAGAACGCAGCCCGCAAACUAGAAGCCAUGACCAACUCCAAGCAGGCCAUUGCCAAGAGGAUCGACGCCGCGCAGAACUGGCUGGCUGACCCGAACGGCGGUCCCGAAGGCGAGGAGAACAUCCGUGGGAUCCUGGCCGAAGCGAAGAAGAUCGCGGACCUCUGCGAGGACCCCAAGGAGCGGGACGACAUCCUGCGCUCUCUGGGAGAGAUCGCCGCUCUGACGGGAAAGCUCUCCGACCUCAGAAGGCAGGGCAAAGGUGACACUCCAGAAGCCAGGGCUCUAACCAAGCAGAUCGCCACAGCGCUGCAGAACCUGCAGUCCAAGACCAACCGGGCCGUGGCCAACACCAGGCCCGUGAAGGCAGCCGUCAACCUGGAGGGCAAGAUCGAGCAGGCCCAGCGCUGGAUAGACAACCCCAGCGUCGAUGACCGCGGAGUGGGUGGUGAGGCGCUCCGUGCUGCUGUACGCCUUGACCUCGCAGCUGAAUCGGACAGUCCUAUUGCGAGUUUGGUGGAUGAAGCCAUUGACACCAAGUCCCUGCUGGACGCCUCCGAGGACGCCAUCAAGAAGGACAUUGACAAGUGCCGUGUGGCCAUGGCCAACGUGCAGCCCCAGAUGCUCGUCGCCGGGGCAACCAGCAUCGCGCGCCGGGCCAACCGCAUCCUGCUGGUGGCGAAACGGGAGGUGGAGAACUCGGAGGACCCCAAGUUCCGCGAGGCGGUGAAGGCCGCCUCGGACGAGCUGAGCACAACCAUCUCCCCCAUGGUCAUGGAUGCCAAGGCCGUGGCCGGGAACAUACAGGACCCAGGUCUACAGAAGAGCUUCCUGGACUCUGGAUACAGGAUUCUGGGAGCCGUGGCCAAAGUACGUGAGGCCUUCCAGCCCCAGGAGCCCGACUUCCCUCCACCCCCUCCAGAUCUGGAUCAACUGCAUGUUAACGACGAGCCUGCUCCCCCCAAGCCCCCUCUCCCCGAGGGUGAGGUGCCCCCUCCCAGACCCCCGCCCCCGGAGGAGAAGGACGAGGAGUUCCCCGAGCAGAAGGCCGGGGAGGUGGUCAACCAGCCCAUGAUGGUGGCGGCCAGGCAGCUGCACGAGGAAGCCAGGAAGUGGUCCAGCAAGCCCGAUGUGACUGAUGAGGGUAUUGAAGCCGCAGAGGCGGAUGUAGAUAUAGAUGAUGAGGACGAAGUCGACGAUAUUGAGUUCACCCUCCCCUCAGACAAUGAAGAUGAUUACGAGCCCGAGCUGCUCUUAAUGCCCACCAAUCAGCCCGUUAACCAGCCCAUUCUGGCUGCUGCCCGGUCUUUACACCAGGAAGCGCGCAAGUGGUCCAGUAAGGGCAACGACAUCAUCGGCGCGGCCAAGCGCAUGGCGCUGCUGAUGGCCGAGAUGUCCCGGCUGGUGCGGGGCGGCAGCGGGAACAAGCGCGCCCUGAUCCAGUGCGCCAAGGACAUCGCCAAGGCCUCCGACGAGGUCACCCGGCUGGCCAAGGAGGUGGCCAAGCAGUGCACCGACAAGAGGAUCCGCACCAACCUGCUGCAGGUGUGUGAGCGAAUCCCCACCAUCAGCACGCAGCUGAAGAUCCUGUCCACUGUCAAGGCCACCAUGCUGGGCCGCACCAACAUCAGCGAGGAGGAGUCGGAGCAGGCCACCGAAAUGUUGGUGCACAACGCCCAGAACCUGAUGCAGUCCGUCAAGGAGACGGUGAGAGAAGCCGAGGCAGCCUCCAUCAAGAUCCGCACGGACGCUGGGUUCACCCUGCGCUGGGUGAGGAAGACACCCUGGUACCAGUAAGGGCAGCUCGGCUCCCCGAAACACUACCCAGCCAGACCUGCAGGGUGUAACAGAGGGGUUGGAGCCGCGGGCCAGAACCAUCAGGCGUCACCUUGGGUAGAAGGAAUGUUUGCAGGACAAGAACUUAACCUUAACCUUUGCUCGGAUGUUUUGUAUAAAAAGUUUCUUUUGAAUAUUAACUCCACACCGUUUUUUUUUUGCAGAUGUAUGUUCAUUGUAUAACACGAUUUUAUUUAGAAGACCAACAAGACAGUAUAAGCUUAAUUAACAGUUGAGAGACAAAAAUACUCUAAUUCUAAGGAAACACGAUAAAUAUGUAAUUGAAAUCAUUUGGGUGUCCCCAGUGUAUUAAUACUACUGCUCAGAUGAAGCUAGCCUGGAUUGACAGAACGAUUAUUCUGCGUAGUGAUUCAUGGUCACGGUUGAUAUUGCGUGGAGAAAAGCUGGAUUUAAAAAAACCUGACUUUUUUACUUUAGUCAGCACAAAAAAGUGUCCAUGUGGGUUAUGUUUUUUCCUAAAUGAUAUCUCUUAGUAACUUUCAGUAUCCAAACGUAUUAGAAUUCAAACUGCGGCAGAUCUCACCGUUUGGCUAUAAUCACACUAUAAAAGAUGUUUCGUGUUCUGGCUGCUUCACACUAAAUGAAUGGAAUGUUUCCUGUUUCAGAAAUACUUUGAUCUAUUUAUACUGUAAAAGGAGGCCGAGAAUUGUGAAUGAUUUGGCAAUUUCUUUAUUAACAUGAUGCCUUCUAUAGCCAAGUCAUAAAUUAUGCCAAAGAUGUCUUUUUUUUCUGAAUGGAUUGUUCGAUGUUUCAUUGUUUUGUUUAUUUUAGCAAUAUCUCUCACACACGGUGUCUGAAAACACUAACUUCACUCAGCACUGCAUACUACCAACCACGGCCCAUUUUUUUCUAGCAAUGUAAAAACCUGUUAUCUGCCCAUGACUGUCGAAUAACAGCGCCAACACCAACGACACACUUUCUUGAACAUUGUAAAGACAGUUCUGGAAAAUGGUCUUUCGGAUUAGAGCCUUUGUAUAAACUGAACAUUUUUGUAAGGUCUGUCUGUGAGAAAUCAUGAAAACAAAAGCUGUUGCUGUGAAAUGAUCUAGACUAGUCACUUUUGAAGCGAAAACACCAAAUGGUACAAAGCCUAGUGGAAUGGGUUGUGGGAAAAUCCUUUUCUCAGCUGAAAAUCUCCAUUACAGUUCUUGACUGUAAUUUGGCCGCUGGCCGAGGGCAGAUAGCAGUGCCGAUUAACUGGCUGGGCAGAAGCUACGCUCUUUGCGUCCUGUGUAUUUGUCUGCCAAGGUUGCUGGAAUUCCCCAGGGGAACAUGGCUUUCUAGCUGUGCUUCGGGGGGGGUCCUUUGGAGUGGCCAGCACUGACCUUCUGCCUCAGACCUAUUUUAAUCUCCGGCCGGUUCUGCGGUCCCACGGGGGGGCCUGUGUGUUUUCAUUUUUGUGUGCACCGCUGGGCACCUGCGGCGAACAGCCCUGCGCACUUUCUCCGCGCGGCAGCCUUCCUUGCCACCUGCGGGGCGGUGCUGCCAGCGCCCGCUGUCGUGUUCUUACAGGGGGCGCGGGUUCGAGUCGGUCGGAGGGGGAUGCUUUUCCUUCUUUCCGCUGACACUCGACACCGGGGGGCCCAGCUGUAGCUCUCACAAGUGCUGAUUUAACGCCAGGCAGCAGGGCGCUGUUACAGCAGGUGAUAUUUUUAACACGCAAGACAGGCCUGUGGAGCGAGCGGAAUGACAUUUUAGAUAGCCUUUUUUUCUAACUGUGUGAAUGAAAACUUACUGCAUUUUGAAUGUAAAUAUAAAACUUUUGCAGUCUUGUUUUACAGUAUCCUCUGAAGCCAUCUGAUCUAUGUGCCUUUUGAAUAAAAGUUUGAUAGUUUAUCAUUUUAA